CCUCAAUUCUCCAAGAGUGAGGCGGUCCUGUAGAAUGUACAUGUCAAGCGGUGGUGCCACUGCCUGCCGUUUACGCCCAGGGAAACCGAGAAGAAGAACUUUGAGAUGUCCUUCUGCUCCUUAGAGCUCGUGGCGCCCCUCAUCCCAGCGAAGGGGGGCGGCGGCUAUGGUGCCAAGUUCAUCGCCUUGGAUGCGAAACUGACCCGGCGGGUGGUGUGUUGGCGCUUCGUGGCGCCGAAACACCUGGAGGCUGGGCCCCGGGCGCUGUUGCAAGACGCCGUGGCCAAGGAUGUGCAACAACUACAACUCUUGAGACACCCAUGCCUUUGCCCGUACUUCGGUGCUGAGAUGGUGGGCAAGGAGCUGUGCGUGGUCACGGGCUACGCCUCCGGCGGCUCGGUGGCCGAUUGGCUCGCCGACGCGGGGCCGGUGCCCGAGGCUCCCUGCUUGCGAGUGGUUCAGUCCGUCUUGCAGGGCUUAGAGUUCCUCCACCGGCACAUGGUCACCCACGGUGCACUGCGAGGUGGCAACGUCUUGUUAGGUCCUGGCUCAGCGAUCCGCCUUGGUGACUUCGGUCUCGCCGCCUUGCGGCAGACCGGCGCCUCCGCGGCGCCUCUGGGCGCGGCGGGAGGGCUCCCCCCGACGGGCGCCUCCGCGGCGGCGCUGGGCGCGCUCGCCCAAUCGGGGGCGCCUUGGAUGUCGCCAGAGGUGCUGGAGGGCAACAAACCCACAGCGCCCAGCGACAUUUGGUCCUUGGGUUGUUUGAUCGCCAGGGGUGCUCGGCCGGCUUUGCCUGCGUACCUUCGUUUGUUGGUCCAUCCGUCCUUCGUCUUGGCUCUGAGAUGUCAAGAUCUGAGUUCUGAGUUCCGGACCAGGCAUGGCCAUCCUGCCAUCCUGCUUUGGUCCGUACGGACGGAGCUCUUGCUCUUGGGUAUGGUGUUUGACCUGCGAGGAUGGGUGAACUUGCCCCAGAACUAUGGUGCUGAGGCGCUCCGUCCCAAGAUGUGCGCGCGGACCAUGGCCACUCUGCAGGACGCAGUUCUGCGAAACGCGGAGGCAGCGGGUCAGCAGGAGCAAGAGGCACAGCGCCUGCGAGACGGACACCGGGAGGGAGGCGCGGCGUGGUUGCGGACCGAGUUGGAGGAAGCAGGGCAGCAGGAGCCAGAGGUACAGCGGCUGCGAGAGGGACAUGGAGAGGGAGGCGCGGCAUGGUUGCGGACCGAGUUGGAGGCCAAGAGCACUUCCGACCUGCGGAAGCAGGGCAGCAGGAGCCAGAGGUACAGCGCCUGCGAGAGGGACAUGGAGAGGGAGGAAGCAGGGCAGCAGGAGCCACAGGUGCAGCGCCUGCGAGAUGGACACCGGGAGGGAGGGGCGGCGUGGUUGCGGACCGAGUUGGAGGCCAAGAACUACACCGACUUGCGACGGCUGUGCGAAGCAGGGCAGCAGGAGCCAGAGGUGCAGCGCCUGCGAGACGGACACCGGGAGGGAGGCGCGGCGUGGUUGCGGAUCGAGUUGGAGGCCAAGAACAACACCGACUUGCGACGGCUGUCCGCUAUGUUGGGGCUGCCGCAGAGGAACGCGGAGCCGUCCUUGGUGGAUAUAGCUUCGGAGUUGGGCCUACCUUGCGAGCAUAUGCAUCGGAACAGGCUGGUGGAUAGCAUCGUUCUGUCGCUCUGUCCGCUGCGAGCGCCCGGGGCGGAAGAUGAUGUGAGGAGGCAUGGAAGCGCGGCCGCGGAGCUGGAGCAAUUGAGCCAGGCCACCGUUGCCAUCUUGCAACACCUUUCUGCUUUGAAUGUUCAGUUUCCAGCUGAAGUGCCAGAGACUUGGACCACUGCGAUGGAACAACUGCAAAGCAUCAGAUGGCCAGACCGUUUGUCUGGAUUGCAGUGCAGUAGUUUGCUGGCUGUGUUGUUGGAGAAUCGGCCACUACAGCGCAGAGGUUGGUGGCAGUUGGUGGAUUGCUGGGAUCGCGCAGAUCCAGUGGAUGUAGCAGAGCGACUGUGGAGCCUGGGCACAUGUCAUCAAGCUGGACCAGCAGUGGAGCCAGACAGUGGCUUCCAGGAUCGAGAAGAUGUUUUGGAGGUGGGUUCGGCAGAAAGCGAGGACUUUUGCAAGGUUUCUGUGGACGUUUGGUUUGGAGACACAGCGGUCUUGGGCACACUGAAGCACAAGCACAAGAGUCGUGGAUAUGAUGAGGCAGACAAACUCUUGUUGCGCACUUUGAUGCGGCGCUAUGGCUGGGAAAGACAUCUGGACGAGAGCACAGCGUGCACGUGGAUGGAAACCUUUGAAGCAGUCAAGAAGGCAGAGGAUUGGUCUCGUUUUGCUUGGUUUCUGGUCGCGCACUUGUUGCACCCUGCUUGUCGUGAGAGUUUGCGUGCGUGGCACAAUCCGGUGACCGUUUUGGAGUCGAGAUUAGACCGCAGUGGUAUUGCCCAGGAGGUGGUUACUUUGCACGAUGACUUGUUGGCCUGGCAAGAUCUCCACGGGUGUUCUUCGUUGCCCGAGAAGAAGCAGCAUGCAGACUUGGCGAAGAGGGUGGGCAAGUAUUUCAACAGCAGGGAGGCGCGUGUGAGGACCCUCCAGAAAGCUUAUCCUGCAGACUUUGCGCCGCUGCCUGGUUACAGAGUUGAGUGUUUGUCCUUGGAAGGCGAUUCCCUGCGUGGUGUACUCUGGCGGUCUGCAGCUGAACGUGCUCUGAUGUUUUCGAUCCCUGGAUGGAGAGAAGAGGGCAAGGGCAAGGAGGAGUUUCAUCCCUUGCAGGAUUUCUGUAAGCAUUGGUUGCCAGAAGCAGACGAGAUGGAGUGUCUUGAUUUGUUGACGAACACACAGCGCCCUGUCACGUGGAAGCUCGAGCAAGUCGCGAGACGAUUGGACUGUUCACCCACGGUAUCUGGUGUGCAAGAAGCCUUAGCCAAGCGCUUACUGCGAUCUUUCCCUGAGGAUGCAGGUGAAUGCCUACAGAAAUUCUGCUGUAGAUUGUGUCCAACCGACUGCGCAGAUGCAAAGUCCUUCAAAGAGCACGUCGCACAGGAGCACGCUGGCGUCGGGCUGCAAGAUACUCCCCGGAUGCUGAUUGAGUAUCGCAAGAAGAUUCUUGUACCAGGUAUGAGCAGACAGAGGACAAUAGCUGCCAACUUUGAUGAGCGCUUGCGUUGCCCUGCAGGCACGAGUGAGGAGGGCCGAGUGGAAGCUGCCUGUGUGGUGUGUGCUCGACGUUUUUGGGCGCAUGAGUUGAACAAGGUGCUACUCUUCACCGAUCCUGCCCAAGCAGAAGGGCUACCACAGCUCCCGGAUGGAGUGGAUGCAGCAGUCCGUCCAUCCCAGCAGCAUCGACUCUGCCGCCUGCUGGGAGUUCCACGCUAUGCUGAGCGCUGGCCGCACAUUGCUUUGGAGGAGUUGCAGAAGUCUGCCGUUGAACAUCCUUUCCUCCCAGGUGAAUAUGUGCUCUUGCACCGGCGGCGCAUGCCGGAAGACGCACGACAGCCGUCCCCUGUUUGCCGGGACUGCCGCACCAGCCUGACAGCCCAGGUUCUGACCUUGCCGCGCCACGCCCUGGCGAAUGACCUGUGGCUUGGCAGAGCCUUGCCAGAGCUUCGUUCCCUCUCCGCGGGGACGAAGCGGCUCUUGCCCCUGGUGCGUGUGUGCAUGCAGGUCACCGUCCUGCAGCCGGUGGUGCUUCCCCACGCCGAACGGCAGAAGGGCUUCAUCGGGAACACCAUCUUUUUGCCGCAAGCCAGUCCUUCCUCAGUCGAAGCAGUGUUGCCACCCCGCGCAGAGGACAUGGCCGAGCACAUCUUGUUCGUCUUGGUGGGCCACAACAGAGGGGACCUGCGAUCGUCGGCCACGAUGCAGGCACCUCGAGAGGAAUACGUUGCCGCUGUGGAGCGCCUCCGACAAACUUCCAAGUACUACGCGGAGGCAGCGGUCGAUCUCAGUCGAUGGUCUGGCCAGGAGGAGACUAUGUUUGAAGGCUGUGUCCUUGAGACGGACGCAGACAGCUAUUUGGCGAGAGAGCUCUUACAACGGGGACCGGCGGACGCUCAAGGCCAAGAGAGCAGCCAGCAGGAGGAGGACGACGCUGGCAUGGCGGAGGACACUGCAGAGUCCGGUCAUCUGAUUUCCAGCAUUGUCGGCCUGAAUGACACCUCGGACGAUGAGAAUCGUUGGUUGCGGGUUUGCCGAGAUGUGGAGGAUCUGUGUCGUCGAAAGCCUCGACAGUAUGACACUGAUGCAGAGCUGGUCGUGCGCAAUCGGGCCAACAAUGACCUGGGUGUGGAUGCUGCGCAGAUGGAAGGAGCAAAUCUACUGGGUCGAGAAGGUGCGCACGAACGUGGAGUCCUUCGUCGCAUCCGGCAGGUCCAGACUGUGGCCGCGCAUGGGGUGGAGACAGAGCGACAAGCGCAAGGGCAAAUGUUUGAGGUCAGGCCACAGAAGUUGGUGGUGCCUUCUCGAGAUACCCCUCUGAGCAUGUUUGAGCCAGGGACCUGGGCAAUGGCUUUUCCUACGUUGUUCCCUUGGGGUGACGGGGUGCCUUUCUUGAAGAGAGAGACGAGCAUGGAAGCUUCUGAAGUGUUUCGUUAUUUACUCCUACGCGAAGAGCUCCAGUACAGCGGUGACGCAGGUGUUGAAGAUGAGGAGCAGUUGCUCCCGACGAUGUAUGAUGUCCAACGUCGUUUGACGUUGAUGCGGACCUCCAAGGCCUAUGUCAAGAGGAGUGGCUUCGGCCGCCACUGCUCGGUUAUAGCCUCCGUGACCUCCGAGCACCUCCUGAAGGCUAUGGCGCUGCACGGGGAGAAAGCGGACAUCCGCGAGUUGCUCCGCUCCCCGGACGUGGACGUGCCGCUCAAGCGCGCACUGGGUAGUGUCCUGCAGGCCAGUUCCAACGUUUUGGGCACAGAAGGUCACCGAUCUCAGAUCCGUCUGCGAGGCCACGCAGCUGGGUGGCAUUACGGCCCAAGUCACAUUUUUGUGACACCGAACUUGGCGGACUCGCGAGCUUCUCUGCUUUUGCAAUUGCAUCUGCAGGGGGGCUCGCGAGUCGAGGCCUAUGAGGUCGACCUGGCCUGGGACCUCGAGGCACCAGCGCUGCCCUCGCUGAGCGCAAUGCGUCGCAUUCUAGCUGCCGACCCAGUCUCUCAAGCAAGGUUUUUUGACGUGAUGAUGACCUUGUUCUUUGAGGAGAUAUUGGGCACGUUGCCGCCGCUUACCCGCGCCAGCUUCCGAGGCGGUCUUGCCAGGGACUUCGAAGAUGGUUUUGCUGCUUCCACUCAUGCUGGUUGCUUUGGAGAUGUGGCAGCCUUUUGUGGCCCUCUUGAGACGCAAGGACGCGGUUCCAUGCACCCACAUAUUCUGGUUGUGCUUUUGGGGCACGACUUGGGCAAUCGCCUUCGCUCUGUUUUGGCCACCGCAGCGCGUGGAGAACUGGUCAUUGAGUUGGAACGCUGGAGUCGCGCCGUCCUACAAGCAGCCAGCCGUAUUCGCUACGACAGCCAGCAAGCUCUCAGUCAGCAGUUGGAACAAGAAGUCUGUCCACCACCGCUGAGCGAAAAUCAGCGUGCUGCGUGUGGGAGGCAAUACAGCGACGUGCCACUGAGGUCAACGGAGCCAGACGGCCACGAAGCGGCGACGGAGUCCAGUACACCUCUCCGACUGACCGGAUGCUUCGCUUCACUACGUCCACAUUAUGUCAGGAGGAGCAAGGCCGCUGCUUUCAACGCGGCCAGUUGGAACGCUGCGAAAGGCAAGCGGGGAUGUCGAUUUGGCUGCUUCCACGUCGAACUACACAAAGAAACGGAAGACUCUGGACUGGAGAAGGUGCGCGCGCGUUGUUUAAAGGGAUGGCCUCGAGUUCAGCGUGCGCAGUUUAUGAUUCUACCACGUGAAAAUGUUCCAUUGGAGGAAGAGGAGGCCAUGAAGAAUGAGAACCCCCAUGUCUUUCAACCUCAACGGGACCAUCCCUUCGAAGGCAUGUCGAAUCCCAUAGCUCAAGUCAGCAUGCGGUGCAACGUCGACGUGAAAUACUUGGGACGUGGUUUUUGCGAUGCCGAUUUGCAGAAAUUGGCUGCCAAUGAAGAGGAUGGAGACGGGCAGGGCGGAGACGCACAGCCACCAGACGGGGAGCGCAAAAAGAAGGACAAGAGCUUGGACGCGCGGUUGCACAGAGUUGUUGUGGAUAUGUUUCGGGACAUGCAGGAUGUGCAAUUUUAUACUGGGGAGUACGCGAGCAAGAAGUUCGAAGUGUCUCGAUCUCUGCUGCCGGAACUCUUUGCCGGCGUUCAGCGUCUUGAAGCUGAAGAGGCACAGCGUCAG